AUGUCCACAUCGGAAAUAAAACAAUUUAUACAACUAAGCCUUGAAUGGCAGGAAAAGCUUUAUGAAACAGUUCCUCUAGAUAUUUUACGUGAUUCGGCGAAAUACAUACUGCCGCAUCAAUAUGACGAGAUAAUUGAAGAAAGGAACGCAAGUAAAUUGUGUGGGUACCCUAUUUGUUCAAAACCUAAACAAGAAAUUCAAGGUCAAUUCAGGAUCUCGUAUCAUGCAAGAAAGAUCUAUGAUAUAUCUGAAUUGAAAUUUUACUGUUCAACAAUAUGCCUUGCUUCUUCUAAAUAUUUCUAUAUUCAAUUAUCGGAUGAAUCCUUGCAUUUGAGAGAUUUACAAAAUUGGAAGCCUGUGGAUGUAAUUCCACUUGGGGUAGAUCCUAGAGAUCUAGUAAAACAAGAUCAGUCUACAGAAAAAAAUACUCAUCAGCGUAUCGAUUAUGUCGAAAACCUGAUGGCUGAUCUCCCACCUGCACCUCCUGGAUUAGUAAUCAAGGAAAAGGACGACAAUGAAUUGGGUACGCCAUUGGCACCAUCACCUAAUCAACAAGAUACAUAUGAUGCUGUCGAAGGCUUCCGCGUAGACCUUCAAAAUGAAAAAAAUGGUUCACCCCCUACUUUAACGUUGCAAAAAGAUGUUCCCAUUGUUAAUACGAAAGUACCUCAAAAAGAUGUUCCCAUUGUUAAUACGAACGUAUCUCAAAAAACUGUUAAAGAAUGUGAGUCAACUAUUCCGACGACGAAUUCUGUGACGAAUUCUGUGACAGAUUCUGUGACAGAUUCAAGCGAAAAUGUACAGACUCCUAUCAAUUCGGAUAUUAAAAAAAUAUUACCUAAAAAACGAACUACAAAGAAAAAGAAUGUCGUUUUACAAAUGUCAUUGUUUGGUAAAAUUUGGACAGCCCUAGAUAGAUUGACGACAUCAAGAACCAGGAAACGUUUUCAGAAAGUAAACUCUAUUAAUUUGGAAAAUGAUGAUUCAAUGCCACUUUCUGAUGAUAGUCUUAUGAGAAUACAAAUUUUCAAUGAGAAAAUUAUGCAAUGUUACUAUCAUCUUAAGAAACAACUUUGUAUCACUACCAACAUUGAGAGCGAACUUAUUAAACUCACAAGUACUUUUAAUUUUGACAAUUCUUCUGUUAUGUUCGGCGAUUUAGAAAACCUUAUAUUGUUGACAAUUUCGUCGAUAAAAUUUAAAAUUACUGCAGACCGGUUAUCAAUCGAUAUCCCAGAACUUUAUGGAAAUAUUUUUACGUCAGAAAACGAUAAAAAUGGACCAUUUAAAGAUUUGCUUGGGAGCUUAAAACUUACGAUAGAAGAGAUGGAUGCGUUUGUCAGACGACUAGUUAAUAUGGCAGAUAAUUCACCAUCAUUAAAACGUAAAUCAUUGCAAGAAGACACGGUCUCUGAAAAAGAAACUAUCGAGCGUCGUUUACAAUUACUCCAAGAGCAACUCGAUAAAUUACGAACUGAAGAGGAAAGUUUAAAAAGUCAAUUACAAGGAAAUGUGGAUAUUCAAAAAGCUUUAGAUGACCACUAUCGUCUUUUACAUGAAUAUAACGCAAUGAAAGAUAUUGGUCAAAUGUUGUUCGGAAAGUGUGCCGAACUUGACGGUACAACAACAAAAGAAAUAUAUGAGCGGUUUGGAUUAGAACUUGACGAUUAA